CUGUUCGGUGAAGAAGGUUAUAUAACUCAAUACCGCACCCCUCCCUUCUUUCUUUCUUUCUUACAGUUUCAGGUAACGCAGCAUUUUUGCGGUGUCCUUGGCCUCUACUUCUCUAGGGUUUCAGAUGCUUGCUCUGGCGUCAUCUCUACAUGGUCAAGUGACUUCAAUUUCCAAACUUCGAUUCUAUCCAAUUUGUGGUGUUUUUGCGUGAUAAUGUUAUCGUUGGUUGCUCACCAAAUGAGGCAAACUCAGGGUUGUUUUUUGUUUGAGAUCCCAAUUGAUGCUGAUAUAGUUCCCAUAUUUUUCAAUUGAAAUGCGCUUCAUGGAUUUCAUUUGGUUUUCGGAAUUUUAAAUGGCUUAUUUGAAGAGGGUUAUGGAUUAGGGUUUUACAGUCUGCUCCAAUCUGAAUAUUGAGCUAUCAUUUGCAGGGAAGCUUUGUUAGAAGAGGUGUUUUAUAAGUGAAGAAUGGAUUGUAUGCUCCCCGCGUGAUAUUCUUUUACGGCUACUAUUUUUUUUAACAGAAGUGUAUUAAAAGGAUUUGAAGUGUUACUGAUCGGUUAAUUUCGAAGAAACCAAAGUGAUAUUUGGCCUAUUUUCUCUUUAUGGCCCUGAGGAAGGUUUUGAGUUCGAAUGUGUCUAGCAAAAUCAACAUAUUACUAUGGGAGGAGUUUCAAUGGAGGUCUUACAGUACUGCAAAGAAGAAUUUAGUGGAUAUCCGACCCAUGAUACAGAAGAGAAUAGAAAGCCGGGCUAAGGAUUACCCGAUUCGGGGAAUGAUUCCGGUGGCAGAGGAGGUCCUCAACUCCAGGAGGGUCCUUAUUCAGGGUGUCUCUGCUCUUCUCAAAGUGAUCCCAAUUGUUUCCUGCAAAUUUUGCCCUGAGGUCUAUAUUGGUGAGGAAGGCCACUUAAUUCGGACUUGUUGUGGUCCUAAACGUUUUGGCAAAAAACAAGUUCAUGAAUGGAUAGUUGGUGGUCUGAACGAUAUACUCGUUACAGUAGAGGCAUUUCACUUACAACACAUGUUCCAGAGUAUUGUUAAACACAAUGAAAGGUUUGACCUUGAACGAGUUCCUGCUGUUGUUGAGCUGUGUUGGCAAGCAGGAGCUGACCCAAAUCAUGAAUGUCCACUCACCACCACUCCUGAUUCAGAUGGUAACUCUUGCGGUGCUGAUGGAGUUGAGUAUCUGUCAAUUCAAGAACUGAAAUCAAUAGCUAAAACCACUUUGCAUGCAUGGGAAACACUUAGGGAAGGCGUACAGAGGUUGCUGUUGGUCUAUUCAGCUAAAGUCUGCAAACAUUGUUCUGAAGUUCAUAUUGGCCCGUCUGGUCAUUUGGCUAGGAAUUGUGGAGUGUUUAAGUAUGAAAGUUGGCAAAGAACCCAUAUUUGGAAGAAAGCAGAAGUAUAUGAUUUAGUGCCUCCAAAAAUUGUUUGGCGAAGAAGGCCUCAGGACCCUCCUGUGCUUUUAAAUGAAGGGAGCGAUUUUUAUGGACAUGCCCCGGCUGUUGUUGAUCUGUGCACAAAGACUGGUAUAAUUGCGCCUACAAAGUAUAAUUGUAUGAUGAAGAUUCAAGGUUUAUCUAGACCUAUGCAAUUCAAAGAUUGAAGAGUUGGCUUCAGGCAUUGGAUCCAUAACAAAUCAGAUGGAGAGCUAAGAGUUCCUCCUUUAUAUCAAAUUGGAGUCUAAUUCAUUUGAUUCAAAUGGCUUACUUGUUCUGGUAUGUCUGUGCUGUGGGCUCUUUUACAUAACUUUUAUUUCUACCAUCAUUUUUUUUGCACUCCUCUGGCUUUAAUUUAUUCCACUCAUACAUAACAUAGAAGUAUCAAUCUACACAAGGGUAUCCUGGUUGAUACUAUAUAUUGCCCCUACAUAAACUACGCUGUAUUAAAUGCUUCUGACCCCUCUAUAUGAACUGAAGAUUGUGU